GAUACAACAAGCGGGAAAAAUUAGCCGGUAUAACCAGCAACACAAUUGAAUAUGAUACAACGUAGUUUGCUGAGCGAACGUAUGCUUUGUACUAAGAUUGAUAGAUCAUUUAUUAACAUAAUCGUGUAUUGUAAUAUAUUACAAUUCUGAACAUUUUUAACUUUGUGCUCUGUUGAAAGAAGAAGUAAUUCUCUAAUUUGCUUUUUUAUAAAUUAUAAUUAAGAGAAUAAACAUGAUUCCUUUAACAGAAGGAUCAUUAGAUAAAAUCAUGGCAGGCAUUGAUGUUGAAAAACCAAUCCUACAAAUAUUGGGUCAUAAAAAGUUAGCAAGCUCCAGUAGCGGAGAUCGUUAUAGAUUAUUAGUUUCUGAUGGCAAAAGAGUAAAUUCUUUUACAAUGUUAGCUACACAAUUAAAUUCGAUGAUAACGGAUAAUAUUUUGACUGAAUUUUCAAUAUGUCAAGUUAAUAGAUAUGCUGUAAGUACUGUCAAUAAUGGUGGAAAACAAAAACGUGUGAUGGUGAUAUUGAGUCUUGAUUUAAAAGUAUCUGGUGAAGAAGUUGGUUCCAAAAUAGGAAAUCCCACAAAUAUUGAUAGCAAUGCAAACACAGAAGCUGAAUCAAAAAAACCACAAUCUAUACAAACCCCCAGUGCCGUUACUAUUCAAAAAAAUACUGUAAAUCAUUCAUCUUCUGAUAUAAAUACAACUCCUAUUGUUGGAUUAAGUCCGUAUCAAAAUAAAUGGGUUAUUAAAGCAAGAAUAACAAAUAAAUCUAAUAUUAUUACAUGGUCUAAUUCUCGGGGUGAAGGAAAAUUAUUUUCAAUGGAUUUAGUUGAUGAAAGUGGUGAGAUAAGGUGUACAGCAUUCAGAGAUCAGUGUGAUAAAUUUUAUGAUAUGAUAGAGGUUGGAAAAAUUUAUUAUAUUUCACGAUGUAAUUUAAAACCAGCAAAUAAAAAUUACAGUACUUUGAAGAAUGAUUAUGAAAUGAGUAUGACUCAAGAUACAGAAAUUAUUCUAUGCCACGAUGAUGUGGAUGAUAUUCCAAUGAUUCAGUUUGAUUUUGUACCAAUAAAUACUAUAGAAAAUAAAGAAAAGAAUGAUAUUAUAGAUGUUUUGGGAAUUGCAAAAUCUUGCGAAGAAAUACAGACACUAAGAGCAAGAACCACAGGCAGGGAACUUAAAAAGAGAGAUGUUAUGUUGGUAGAUGAAAGUAAUACCAUGGUAUGUUUGAGUUUGUGGGGUGCAGAUGCUGAAAAGUUUGAUGGAAAUAAUAAUCCUGUUGUAGCUAUUAGAGGCGCACGUAUUGGUGAAUUUAAUGGUGGAAAAAAUCUUUCCGCUGUAAUGUCUUCUGUUAUUCAAAUAGAUCCUGAUAUACCAGAAGCUCACAAAUUACGUGGGUGGUAUAAUACUAUAGGAAUGUCUGAUCAGGCUAAAAGUUUAUCUACGAAUAAUGCACGUGGAGGUGGUAUGAAUGGAACAUGGUUAACUAUAAAAGAAGCACAAAAUAUAACAAGCUCCAGUGAAAAUGGUUUCAAUAUUUUCAUUUCAAAACUUACUGUUAAUUUGAUUAAAGCCGAAAAUGUUGUUUAUAAAUCAUGUCCGGUUGAUGGCUGUAAUAAGAAAAUGAUAGAUCAAGCUAAUGGAAUGUACAGAUGUGAAAAAUGUAACAAAGAAUUUCCAAGUUUUAAGUACCGCCUCCUUGCAAAUGUCAAUUUUGGAGAUUGGCAAAAUAAUCAAUGGGUAACAGCCUUCAAUGAUGAAGCCGAGAAAUUAUUAAAUGUAACGGCACAAGAAUUGGGUGAAUUACAAGAGAAUAAUAAAGAUGCAUACAUGGACAAGUUUUCUGAAGUUGCAUUUCAAAGUUUCAUUGUGAAACUACGUAUGAAAAUAGAAACGUUCAAUGAUGAAACAAGAUUAAAAGCAAGCUGUUUAUCGAUAUCACCAAUUGAUUACAAAGUGUAUAAUGAUAUCUUGUUAACAAAACUUAAAGAUAUCAUUGGGAUUGAAAAGCUUUAAGUUGUCAUAUAUGUUAA